AAAAAAAAAAAGAAAAAAAAAAGAAAAAGAAAACGGAGGUUCCCGGAUGCUCACUACCUACCAUAGGUACCGGUACCUGACUACCCUAAUUCUGGGACUGUUCUACCAUCAAACCUUGCUCAAAUGCGAGACAACACCAUACAGACGCAGCCAAGUUGCCUGGACAGCCUUGGGAACGACGGCUCGGCUUUUGGUAUACGCGUCUCGAAAGGAAGGGCGCUAGACAUAGAUCGAAUGCCGCCAUUCCGUCACCGUUGAUCGCGAGCCAUAAAAUUAGCUACACGCACUGCGAGUAAUCGCUCACUGCGUGUCUUCAGCUGUGGACCGCGAGUCGAGAAGCCCAAAAAGGCAAUGUCGAUUUUGGACAUUUCCGCACGAGUACCGUGCCGACCGUCCCAUCGUGAAUCCAAUCGAAUGGAGUCGUGCCUCUUUUCAUUUCCUUCAUAAGUGUCACGGAUAGGUCCUUCCAGCCCCUGACCUUGUCAUCUGGUUUUUUCCCCCUCCCGCGCUCUGAGCUCGAUAAAGCUUACCCCAGUUCGUGGACUGCGCCGUGGUCCGAGCUUCAUCCACCCCUGGUCCACGGUCGCUCACUCCACGCGCCUCGAUCUUGACCUCCCCAGAUCUGGCUUCCUGACUGGUUUCCCUUUUCUCGUGGUUGCGACUUUACACUUCUGUACAGUUAUUACCUCAACCAAAAUCCCAUUGCGCUUCUGUCCUCUCGCCUUGUCGCAAACACUUAGUUUCGUGAGCCAUACCCUCAGUGUUCGCUACAGCGAAAGCACAAUUUAUUUUUCCCGGAGAGCUUGCUCUUAUAUCAUCUUCCCCACAUAAUCGCGCAAUGGCCCCUGAGCUUCGCAAGCGCAAAGCUCCCGCGCAACCCGCGCCGCCUCCACCAGCGAAGAAGAAGACUUCGCCCAAGCCCAAGGCCGCAGAGGCUACCAAGGCGAAAAAGGCCAUCACCCCGCCCAAGGAGACAAAGCCCGCAGAGGCUACCAAGGCGAAAAAGGCCAUCACCCCGCCCAAGGAGACCAAGCCUGCAAAGUCGAAAUCCUCUGUGAACGGCAAGGAGUCGGCCAAGCCCGCCGCCGCCGCCUCGACCCCCGCAAAGGUGGGCGAUGUUGUCAACCUCGAUGGCUUCGGGGGUGAGGUCGAGACGCACGACGGCAAGAAGGUCACCCUGAAGCAACUGGUUGAUGAGAGCAAGGCCGGCGUCGUUCUGUUUACGUAUCCCAAGGCAUUGACACCAGGAUGCACCAAGCAAGCAUGCCUAUUCCGCGACUCGUAUGAGCCGCUAACGGCUGGCGGACUGGCCAUCUACGGCCUCUCGGCUGACACUCCCAAGGAGAACGCCAAGUUCGUGGAGAAGAAGGAGCUACCAUACGCGCUUCUGUGUGACCCCAAGGCAACACUCCUCGCGGCCAUCUCCCUCAAAAAGGGCCCAGGGAAAGCGGCCCGUGGAGUGUUCGUUAUUGACAAGACCGGCAAGGUCCUUGCCGGCGAACUGGGCAGUCCGGAUAAGACUCUCGAUAUAGUCAAGGGGCUGCUCGCUGAUACCAAUGGCGCUUCGAAGGAUGCAGUUGCCAAGGUUGAAGAGGCUAAGGAGGUGGUAGAGGAGAAGACAGAGGAUGCGGAGAAGGGCGAGAGCGAGAAGAAGGAUAAGGAGGAGAAGGAGGCCGAGAAGGAGAAGGAGGCUGAGAAAAAGGAGGCCGAGAAGGAGGAGAAAGAGGCCGAGAAGAAGAUUGAGAAGGAGACCGAAAAGGAGGCUAAGAAGGAUAGCGACUGAUGAUCUGGAUUUAUCAGCGAUUGGCACCCUAUGAAUCGCCAAUUUCAUAGUAGUAUUAUUUUACCUAUGCAUCAUGGUGUAGGAUGAGCGACGAUAGUGGCUUUCGGUAUGUAAUGAUAGAUACAGCUUUAUAGAGUAUUGUGAAAUCAAGCCGAAUGUUGCC